AUGCGCGAAGACCUGCAGCCACGACUCUUGCUCUUCCUCCGGAAUCUGCAGCGUCUAGUCCUCCACCGCUGUGGGGGAUUUCGCGUACUCAUGAACAGAAGCGAAGUGACCUAUGGAGCUGUAACAGACAAGGACCCGCUCUUACAGAAGGGCACGACGCGUGAAACGGGACAAAUAAACGCCUCUACUUCGAUGCUUCUCCAGUUAGAAACGGUCUGCCUUGCUAUUGGUGACAAGCCGACUCGCUCGGACCGUGAGCGGUGGUUUGUGGCUAGUGAGACACUAGUAUCACCAGUAGAUCGUGGUGGAGCGGAAGCUGAACUCAAAAUCGCGAUCCCAUUCCCCGACUACGACGCUUUCUUGCAGGACUACGUCGAAGAACAAUCGAAGCCUAGUCCCGAAACGCUAGCCAAAGAGAGCACUUCUUCGAAAAAAUCUACUUCAUCAACAUCUCGAGGAGGAACAACUCGUACGAGGCCAAAGCUGAAGGUUGCUGCUUCAACACAACUGCAGUCUAGUACCUCAAAAAAGGGUGAAGAUGAAGCUGCCGACAGGAAGCGCACCAACUACACGAACACAAUCGACGAGGCUAAAGAAUCUUCUGGUGCAACUGGAACUGAAACUAUGAGCAAGGAAAACCCUCAAAGGAAGCUCUCAAAGGCAGAGGAACGAGCGUUGAUGUCGAAGCACGUAUUGAGCGAGCAGCAACAAGUCUUCGCUUGGCUUCCGACGCGGUCCUAUGGUUUUCGUUUCAUAGUACAAUGCGAUUGGGUAGUAGCUACCAGUCGCGAAGCCGUCAUCGAGACGGAUGCUUUCAACCAGUACGCGCGCGAGCACGUUGGCCGAGCUUUCGCCAAGGCGGUGGCAGCCUACGUGAAGUUCGUUACGGAAUCUGCGCCAAAGGAAAGCGCCGUGCAGCUGAGCCUGAGCGUGGCGGAGGUAAAUAACAAAGAGAAGGAAAAGAAGGAGCACAAUGCUAGUGAUAGCGACUACGCUGAAGCGGAAGAUAUGAAAAAGAAAUACGACGCUGUCAAGAAAGGUGAAGAUCGAAGUUCAGUUGGAGGGGACUCAUCUACAUCAACAUCCUUGAAGCAAGACCCUGUUCAGCAGGAGACCCUGAGUCUAUGCCAGCGUCUGAUGUUGACGCAGUUGUACCAGGUGAUCCCAUUACCUGGCAGUGCCGCCGAAUUUUUCGCACGUACGCCCGACAGCAUCCUCGAAGAGCUGCGGAAGACCAAACUAGUGCCCGUUCGCGACAUACAAAACCACCAGUGCCGUGUCCUGUUCGCUGAGCCGCGCCGUGUGGUAAAGCCGCAGUUUGCCAGUGCAAGUGUCGAGCAGGCGUUGAAACAAGCACGGGAGUUCUUUAAUACUGCUGCUCGAGAUGCUGAAAGUCAAAGACGAACGCCAGGAGCUGCAUCUCAGGCGGAGGACGUGAUCGCGGCCCAUCUCGAGGAAGUUCUAAACUCGAUGGGCCUGUAUCUCGAAGUAGAUCCAGAACUGCUCCCGUCUAACCUCGCGGCGUGUCUGGAUUUGCCGCUCGUGGACGCCAAUCUAGCCUUGAAGCUGCUUCAACGAAUAUCUGCUUCAACUACGAACCAAUCUACUACAAUCGCACAGAUCCACCUCCUUCUCUUAAUCAUAGCGCACGACGAGAACGCAGUACAGAUUUCUAAGCUGAAAUCCAUGGCCAUUAUACCUUGUGAACAGACUACUUCUAGUGGUGGUGGUCAGACUUCUAGUACCUCCGUAACAGCUACUUCUAGUGGUGGUGGUGGACAAAGUACGUCUACAAACGUGUGUACGUCUACAAACGUAGUUGGCGGUAGCACAAGUGGUACAACUCGUGUGGAACUGUUGUCACCAGGGACCGCCCAGAUCUACGAUAGCGAGUUUACAGUCUCUUUGGACGGCGUGAGAACGCUGCAUCACGAGUUUCGUGCUAGAGUCCGGUCCGAUACCCGAUUACAAGUGCUACUGACUCGUAUAGGGAUUUUGGGCAUAGGAAGCGCUCAGUUUUUGGAGUCUCACGUCCUCCCUGUGCUCACGAGCGACCGAAAACCACCUAGCCUGGAACAGCUGCUAGCUUGUACGUUGUAUCUCAAACAGAUGCUGACUACAUCAACUUCUUCUAGUGGUAGUGCCUCAUCUUCGGGUGCGGGGAAUGCAACAGGGUCGACGUCCUCUGACCAUGAUCCUUCGAGUUCCAGAGCAGUUGUAGCAGGAGGUGCGCAGCCUCUCAAAGAUUCAGCGAGGGAGAAAAUACUGCAACUUCUGCGUGUCCGUUGCAUUUGGGUGCUCACCGUCACUCAGACCGGCACACAGACAUCAAGGCAGGACGAUGAUGCCCUACGAUUGCUUGGAGGCUUAGAUCAUGCUGAUGAGGAUGAAGGUGGAGAGCCAGGUUCUACUCAUGAAGAUAGUACAACAGGUUUCCCUCUCGGUGGAUCGCCUUCUUUCCCUACUUCUGGCAGUGCUGGUGGAGCAGCAGGGAUAGACGAAUUGUACGGAGGACACGGUAAGAACCCUCUUCACAAAAACGCCGUGAUCAAGCAGUACUCCCGUGACGAUCCGCUGCUUGCUUCUCUCCUCAGCCGCGCAGAGCUGAAGAAAGUACACUCGUCGCAGUUAUUUGGACGCGAGGUCGAGGCUGUUCAGGCGGAACCCGUUCGUCUGCUGGCACUUGAUGACGUGAUGCUGUCUCCUAGCCUCUUCCUGCAGUGGACCAGCGUCGCGCAUGAGUGCUAUACGCGCUACGACCAUCUUGUUCAAGCUCAGAAAAGAGGUCCGGUGGAUGAAAAUGAGUUCCACGAAGACGUCCAAUUACUUCAAGGUGGUCACCAUAGCGCCGCUUCGGAUACGAACUAUUACAACGCUUUUGCGACCACCACGACUACGUCGAACAAACGAUCCGGUUCACAGAAGAAAAAAGGAAACUACGGAAAACUCAGUUCAGAAAUGUUGAACACUUCUUCCUUUGCGCCACCAGAAAGAACGACACCUUCAGCUUCUACCACCGUUGCUGGGAAGACUUCUCUGUCACAAAUUGACCCCAGCUGGAGUACUUUCUGGCUGGAGUCCGUUGGUGUGUGGCCGACCUUUACUUUUGGAGGCGCUUCGGGAUCUUUGACGGUUGGCCAUUCACACGAUUUCGAGCGUUUACUCUCUUGCAUUCAGGAGAUGCCUCCAGGUAUGGCGAAAACCGCAGCCGUUGCGAUUUUCGCUUUCGACAUGCUGCUUCCGUUUUUGAACCGUUUUUACUACAAAAUGAUGCAACAAACACGUGUACGUGAGCCUCCGUUUCUGACGCAGCUGCAAACGUCGCGAUGGUUGCUAACGUGCACUGGAGAGCUCGUCUCGCGAAACGAUCUCUGGCUCGCAAACGGUGUGUCCCUCGAAAAAUACCAUCUCAAAGCGCUCUUUUACUAUGGCGAAUCUUACCUGGAUCGCAGCUUCGACGUACACCAGGGUGGCUUCUUUCGCAAUACAACUCAAGAUGGACAAGGCAACGCGGUCGCGCAUUCUCCUUCACGAACAGGUCAUCAGCAGCACACUCAAACGAAACAAAACCACUCAUCCCAUGUCCUGCAGUCAUCUCCUGUCGCCGCUAUACUGUCAACCUAUCGCGCAAAACUGGUCUUUUUUCAACCCUACGAUUGCUAUUCCUCUCAAUCGGUGGAGCGUAGGAGAAGCACAGAGACACAGUUUGCCGGUAACAGGGAUAUCGAGCUUCCCUACAUACUCCACCCAUUAUUGGCCGAGAAAAUGAAGCGUGCAGGACUCUCCAAAUCCGAGGCUGAUCCGACAACCUCGGAACACGGACAACAUUCAUUAUCAUCAAGUAGCAGAGGUACUGCUUCAGCGUCAACCUCAUCUUCGCACCACAUCAAGCAGACCGAUUUAGUUUCGUGGCUUGGCAUUCCUACGGAGCCAACCGCGGCGAUCCUGAUCCGUCUAGUCCAGAACCUCGCUCUGCGGUCUAACCUCGUAGAUCGUGCGUGGAACGUCUCUGGCGCUAUUCAACGCACUCGGGAGGACGAGGAACGCGCGAUUGACACUGCAGCUAUUGCUGUUGGAGGCAUACGCUUUGACGAAAGACUGUUUAGCACUAUUAAGUGUUGCGGAAAUCCAUCUUCCCAGACAUCUUGGUCUCGUUUCUGAAGGGAAAUGAGUACGGAGAUGCUCACCAGGAUGGAUUUCUGCGAGCUCUAAAAAUGCCGCCAGUAUUAGUUGCACCAGUACUUCUACAUCCACAUCUUCGUCUUCGUCCACGAAAAAUUAUCAUGUUGUCAACGUCUUACGCGAAGCGGACGCUACUGAAAACCAAUUUCUCGUCAAGCUGAGUGUGUAUGACAUGACAGCAGUUUACCUCAAACUGUGGCAGAAGUUUCAGCAGGAGCAGAUUGAUCGAGCUAGAGUACAAGAAGAGCAGCAGGGAACGGAAGAGGAGCCAAGAGGAAGCGACGACUGCUCUCAGUCCUGUUCGAUUUCCGAUUUUCUGGCUCAUUCUCCUUGGAUUUUCGUACCGGAUCACCCAGCACGAGGAGCCGCGCCCCGUUUCGAGCGUAAGCCAUUCAAUGUGCUGGAAAACCAGCAAGAGCCGUUGUGCGGGCGUUUCUACUUCGCAGCCGACAUUUUUCUGAGUGAGCGUACACAACAAUUGUCGGCGAUCUUCGAUACGUGGAGCAAAGACAUGACUGAUUUGGUUCAGCGCAUUCUUUUGUUUUCUUGCCGUCGACGCAUACUGUCCCACUACUAUUGGGGACCUAGGUCUUGUAUCCCACUGGGCCUCCAAUACGCUCCCGGACCCUCGCAGACGACAUUACAUGAAUUUUUCGCAUCCACCAUACGCGAGAGCAUUCCUGGUGUAGAUCUCUGUCAAGCGGUUCGUGCGUUUGCGCAAAUGAUCAAGAAAUUGAGCAGAGACACCAAGCAGGAUCUUCACAGCCACAAGGAGCAGGAGGUGGAAAACAUUUCGACAAGGACAACGGCAUCAAACAAGACUACAAGUGUUGCUGACAUCAAAGCUGAAGAUGACAGUCUUCAUUAAGGCUUGCCGCAAUCCAUCUUCGGAAGCAUCCUGAGUAAGCUUUUCAAGGAGAAAAUGGGAGCAGAAUGAUUCUUAGGAUGGAUUAGGAUGAGCUCUAACUUCACAGGCGUCGUUUCGGAACUUUAGAAGGUGUCAUUGCCCUUGAGAAAGCAAGACGAGAGGAACUCUGUCAUCUACCGCAACGGGGGUUAGGUGCUGGAGGCGCAUAUGAGGCUGCGAUGAUGCAAGGGGAGGAACAAUACCGACUGGCGCAAGCGCACUUUCAAUUGCAUCGAUUAAGGCUAGUUUUUCACUAUCACAUGUGACCUACUAUGCUGAGUGGAGAAGUCCCCCUCCAUUUGUAAAUACAGGGGAAAUAAAAGGGGCGGAAAAGGUAAAGGGGAACCCACUCCUCGACCUAGCAUUUUACUUUAGUGAAAAACUAGCGCUAAAUCGAGAAAGCAAUACAGUCAUGGAACGUAUGGUGGGUCAAAUGGCAGAAAAAAUCUUAGCAGAAAUCACCGCUAUGGCUGACGAGGCAGAGGACCGGCUAAUUGUUGCGGCCAGGACGAGUCGGCCGCCCCCAGGAUUAUCUCCACGGACAGUAGGAGAAGAUGCAAGUGGAGACGAAAAUGUAGUUGAGCAGUUAUCUGCGUCUGCAGGGGAAGAAGAAGAUGAUACAGAUGAAAAAGUGGCUACUCCUGAAGAACAAGAAUUAUACUCGGCACAAGACAUCGCAGAUGACGAGAGACUGGUAAAGUUGGCGCGUCAAGUAACCUCCCAGUCGGCCAAACUGAUCGCCCUAGGUGAAGAGGAGGAGCGCGACCGCGUUAGACGGAAAAUGUCAAAGGGCUCUAACACGAAUGCAUUUGGUGCUGCGGCUAAAGAGACUCCUAACUUCAUUUUGGACGGCGAGGACGAGACUACAUUUGCCUUCUUGCGACGCCGUUCAUCCACCUUGCGCGAGUUCCUUGACAUCCUAGAGGAUGUAGCCAUAGUUCCGACUGUUUCCGGAGAUUGGAUUUCACUGCGCAGUGCAGUCCAUAUUUCCUCCAAAAUGUACGAAAAUUUGCACCACACGAGUCAACAGACUUACCUGCUGGAAGACGCGAACGCAGAGACCCGUGACCUGGUGCAUCGAACUUCACCAGUCGCUCGUCUCCUUGUGCGUGUGUUGCCGAGCCCGACUUUCAAUCCCGUAGUCGUACCAAACGCUUGGUGGCUGCUAGGACUUCGCACGCCUACGGGACGCUUUGAAAGGUUGAGGCUGAUGCCGAAAGUAGACGAAAGCAAUCUUUCGGAUGUUAACCAGAAAAAAAUCGUGGGCGUAGAGCGUAACUUGUUCCGAACGAAUCCUGAGGUUCACUAUAUUAGGCUCAUCUUCCUCGCCUUGGUACGGCAUACGCUGUCUCAGGUGGUGGCGCAAGCCGAGGUACUUGGAGACGAGAAAGAGGAAGAAGCAAAAAUCGCAGAAGAUUUAACGUUUCGCUCAAUCGCCGAUCGUCUCUGGCAUGAGGUCCAAGACUCCGUCCAGUGGAUGCGCGUGGAUCCGAGCGCCUCUUUCGUUUUUUUAGAGCAAGUUUUGUUCCUGCAACGUGAACAGGUGGAGAAUUUCUGCAAGGAACAGCCAGAUUGCAACUUGCGGCCACACGUGGAACUCACUGAAAACGCGUACGAUGUAGGCGUCUGCGCAAGUUACGAUCCGCCCAGAUGCUGGCAGGACGGCUCACGACUGCAACUUCUUUCCACAACGUCCUCAACUACAAGGACUUCCUCAAGAACAAGAGGCAGUCCUGCUACUGGAGUAGAUGCCACAACUAGAGAGGUUCCUGUGGAAGCCGUACAACUCAGCUGCUACAUGCGUGAAGCACAGCGGUCUACCACGAGAACUCUUAGCAACGCGGUAGUUGGUUCUAAACAAGACGAGGAACUUGAUGACAAGGAUCUGGAUCAUCUUCAAGAACAACAUCCUAAAAGUCGUACUCGUAGUACUAGUAGCAACUCAACCUCCACCUUAGUCGCUCUACCACUGAGCUAUCGUCCCCACGAGCAUAGCUUGCACCACGCACCCUACGUGGGAUGGAGUCAGACGAACCACGUUGGUAGAAAUGGCGACUCAACUACAUCUAUUCAUGCUGUAUCAUCUACUCCCCAUCCCCAAGAACAAGAUAUCUUUGCCGACAAGUGCCUGGAUGUGAUAUUCAUGAACUGGAGAACAGCUCUGCGGCAAGACGUCGCACUCCCCAUUCUUAAAGCAAUGCUCACGAAGGUUGCGGAUCGUUAUCGGCGUGGGAAAGCUAGCGAGAAGGUGGAACAGUCGAAGACUACGGAGCAGAAGGCCACAGAAGAAGAUACUGUUACUGAUAUCUUCUCGAAACCUAAAAAGCCAGUUCUUGACGCAGAAGGCACGACACCAGAAGCAGGAGAGCAUGACGAGAAUGUCUUCGAGGACGGGCAUCAAUCCGAUCAGGCUAACGGAGAGGAAAGUGAACAUCAAGUUGAAGUUGACCCUUCGCAGAAAGCUGACGCGUUCUUUGCUGCGUUCGCCACGAAUUUGGCUGAGAAAUUUCUUCCUAAUUUGGUUUCCGUGACAUCGGUUCUCCCGAGUGUGUUUCCUGGCCAGAGUCGCAGCCUGCCUCCGGAGACCAAUAAGGCUCUUUUCGAGCAGAUGCUGCCUGAGGUCGAGGCCUUAGUCUCCGUGCGGUGUGCCGCCAACUUCAACGGCACUCUAGUCAAGAAGGAGCGUGAAGCUGAAC